GGACCUGAAGCAGGAUUUUUGUGUGAGUUUGCUGGGGAAGGAAGGGGGCUGUCCUAAAAUAUGCCGUAUUCUUAUGGUCGCCUCUGGCCCCGCUACUCAACGCCAAAGCAUCUUGUGGCCUGGAAUCUGUGUAUAUGCUAAAGGCAGUAGGCAAAGGCGAUACCUAAGUUUGUGUCACCGGUGAAGGAAAAGCUCGUGGGAUUUCAGUAACGCAUCUGGUAUUAUCCGAGACAACUAAGUCCAACUGGCUAGGGCGUCAGGGGGCGAGUACGGCGAGCGGAAGGGACAAACCGUCCCAACUGUUUGGGGUCUGGUUUCCAGGUUAGGGUCUGGGCAGAGGCUGAAAGUACCCGUUGGCGGAGGACAAGUCGGCUGGACCAUGUCGGCCUUCGAGAAGCCCCAGAUCAUUGUCCACAUCCAGAAGAGCCUCAACUACACGGUGUUUGACUGUAAGUGGAUGCCCUGCAGCGCCAAGUUUGUGACCAUGGGCAACUUCGCCCGGGGCACCGGCGUCAUCCAGCUGUACGAGAUCCAGCACGGGGACCUCAAGCUGCUCCGGGAGAUUGAAAAGGCCAAACCUAUUAAAUGUGGAACAUUUGGUGCAACAUCCUUACAGCAGAGAUAUUUAGCUACUGGAGAUUUUGCUGGAAACCUUCAUAUAUGGAAUUUGGAAGCUCCAGAGUACCCAGUGUAUUCUGUGAAGGGCCAUAAAGAAAUUAUAAAUACGAUAGAUGGUGUAGGUGGACUAGGAAUUGGGGAAGGAGCACCUGAAAUUGUGACUGGCAGCCGAGAUGGAACUGUGAAGGUGUGGGACCCAAGGCAGAAAGACGAUCCUGUUGCUAAUAUGGAACCUGUACAAGGAGAAAACAAGAGAGACUGUUGGACUGUGGCGUUUGUAUUCAUUGGACCAUCAAUAAUAAAUAUUCUGUAUUUUCAGGUAUGUAGCCUGGAGUUUGACAGAAAAGAUAUAAGUAUGAAUAAGUUAGUAGCUACGUCUCUGGAAGGGAAGUUUCAUGUUUUUGACAUGAGAACACAGCACCCAACCAAAGGUUUUGCUUCUGUUUCAGAAAAGGCUCAUAAAUCUACCGUGUGGCAGGUCCGGCACCUGCCCCAGAACCGAGAACUGUUCCUGACAGCGGGAGGCGCCGGCGGCCUCCACCUCUGGAAGUACGAGUACCCUGUUCAGCGGUCAAAGAAAGAUUCCGAAGGAGUAGAGAUGGGAGUUGCGGGUUCCGUCAGCCUUUUGCAGAAUGUUACGUUGUCUACCCAGCCCAUUUCCAGUUUGGACUGGAGUCCAGAUAAAAGGGGCCUCUGCAUCUGUAGUUCAUUUGAUCAAAUGGUGAGAGUACUGAUUAUUACAAAACUCAAUAAAAUUUGAUCUGAAGAUUUUGGACUUUGAAACCCUCCAGCGGAACACUCAUAGAAUUUAGAAUGUGCCCCGCAUCCUCCGACUCUCCUCGGACAAGGCUGGAUGUGACUGAGGACACAGGCCCAGAUGCAAACCUCAGGCUCGCCUCUCGGUGUGGGAUGCCCAGCGGUGAGCUCCAGCCACCUGGCUGGUCACUGCUUUGCUGCUGCACAGGGGGCACCACCGUCUCCAGAGCCAGCUCCGUUCCUCUCCCUCCAUUUGUGAUAAAAGUUGGUCCUUGUCUGUAUUUCACCAGAUUUAAAUUUGUUCUGCAUCCCCAAAGUCCAUAUUUCAUAAUAAACACCUGUGUUGCAUUUUAGUGUUCACACGGUCAUGGUAGGGAUCACUUAGUUUGGUGUAGGAUGGUUUGCCUUGGUGAAACUACUGUGAAUUAACCUUCAUAAAUACACUUUGAGAGCAUUCACUGUCACUAAGUUUCAGUGCAAAACAUUACUUCACAAAAUUACCAUAGUGUGCAGUCAAAAUAGAUUUGGGUAACUGUGUUUAGCAUGGUAACUCAUAAAAUGAAAUACUGUGAUUUACGGAGACCUCUUUUUUACAUAGAAAUGGAGUUAAAUUAGUGAGACUUUCCAUUGUUGACUACGGUAAGUGAUGUUGAGAUGUUCAAGUUUUGGGGGUUUUGUAACCUUUUUGUCAAACUUUUUAAUAUAUUUUAUGAAUAAAUUUUUGUUUUUGAAAUCUA